AACAAAGUCGAGCUAAGUUAUGUUUUUGGUCAUAGUUAAUUAGUUAUAGGUCACCGAACGAUUCAGUUCAUCAAAACAAAUAUGCAUGUAUAAGUCUUAUAUAUUAGAUUUUUGUUUUUAACUAGGGGAAGUUUGGGGUAUGGACCUAAUCUCCCCUAACCCGGAACUAGGGAUGGGACUGAAUAGAAGCAAGUGAAUCAUGUCCUUCAAGGCCGGCGAGACAUAUUUAGUUUAGGGGCCAAGAAUAACCAAGAAUGUUCCUAGCUCUAAUGAUAUUGAUGAACAUAAAUGUCUUCCGGUGAUAUUAUAAAUUAGAUUUAUAUAUGGCUUAAACACUUGCGUAUGAUUUUAUGUUUCAUAUUUUGAUUAAAGGCAGUCCUAUUUAUAUAUUGUUUUGGGUUGUUUUCACACAUCAAUUAUAUUAGUAUAAAUAACCCUUUAAGAUAUCAUCCGUACCCGACAGAACCGAUACGCAAUACACAAUCUAGCACAUUCCCUUCUGUCAUGUUCUCUCUCAGUAUUGCUUGACUCAUCAUCGUGUUUAGCAAGAGAACCAAACUAAAAUCAGAUGGACGUCUCAGCAGAUCGAACACCUUUUAAGCGUCACUCGUCGCUUUCAACGCUUGUGGCUCACUUCUUUGGCAUAUUAGCCGUUGUUCUAAUGCUCAUAUGGCUUCUUCAUUACCGCGAAGGCAUCGAGUAUGGCUCGGACAAUCCCCUUAAGAUUUUAAAUGUGCACCCAUUUCUCAUGUACUGUGGAUUUCUCUUCCUCGUCGGCCAAGCGAUGAUGACGUACAAAACGGCAUAUGCCUCGCACCAAGUACAGAAAAUGGUUCACGGUGGGCUUCACUUAAUAGGAUUAGUUCUAGGUAUUGUCGGAAUCUCCGCUGCCUUUAGAUUCCACGACAAACUAAACCUUAAAGACAUGGUAUCUCUUCACUCCUGGAUCGGCCUCACCACUUUCAUCCUCCUCGGCCUCCAGUGGCUACUUGGUGCAUUCACAUUCCUUGCGCCACAAUCUUCAUCAGGGACAAGAGCAAGGAUGAUGCCGUGGCACGUCUUAGGUGGUCGGGCUCUAUUUUAUAUGGGUAUCGUCGCAGCACUUACCGGACUCAUGCAGAGAGCCACGAUGCUUGGUCAGAGCACAAACGCUGAGUCACGUCUCAUUAACUUCACCGGCUUAGCCAUUCUUCUCUUUGGCGUUUCCGUCGACUUCUCCGUCGCUCUUGGCCGUUAUGGUUGACGGAUUCCUAUAUUAGCCUACCGUUAAAUUGAUUUUUAUGCAUUGUAUCAUUGAAUGAGUUCUUGUUUGAUUGUUUGUUUUGGUGUGUAAAUGUGAUUGGGAGAUAUCUAAUUGGGCCCUGAGAGUGUGAUUGUUUGAUAUUUUGAUUCUAAAUUUUACUUAUGUAUGUUUUUUCUUUGUUGUUAUUUCAUCUUUGAUGCUUACUAAAAGUCAUUAUUUGCAUA